AUGCCAACCGCUGUUUCCACCAGAGGCAGUUCGUUUGGAACAGAAGAAACGCUGGAAGAACGAUGGAGUGUCCAGAAUCUAGAGUACGUUCGGGACCUCUGGAAAUUGGAUGACGAACAGUAUCGAGAGUUGGUGGCCAUGAAGACGAAACUAGCCGACGUUCAUCACUGGAAGAACAACCCUUACGAAGUCAUUCGUUUCGUAACGGGCCCGCAGGGAUUCCACAAGGCAGAAGAACUCUUUCGAGACAUGGUAAAAUGGCGCAUUGAAAACAAUAUGGAAACCAUUCUGGACACGUACAAACCACCCAAGGCACUGUUACGAUACUAUCCGUCCGCGAUUCUCAAAGGCUACGACAAAGAAGGGGACCCAAUCUACUUGGAACGAGGAGGAGCCAUGGAUGGUCCAGGGCUGUUGAGUCGAUUUGGACGGGAACGUUUGCUACAAUUCGUUAUCUGGGGCCGAGAACUGUCGUUCCGGGGACGGUGGAUUGAAGAAUACGAGCUCAAACAGGGAAGACCUCCGACUCGCCUGACAAUCAUCUAUGACCUCUCGGGGUUGAACUCGAGCCAUCUCAAGGCAGGCGUCUUGCCCCUGAUGAACGAAGCCAUGAAAAUCACACAACUGCGAUACAAUGGAAUAGCCAAGCGAAUGAUUGUCAUUCGAGCACCUUCUAUCUUCAGUCUGGUCUGGGGUGUCGUCAAGUAUGCCUUUCCAAAGGCUGCCAUGAAAAAGUUUGUGUUUUCAGGACCCAAGAACCAUCUUGAGGUAUUGGACAAGUACGUAGAUCGGGACGUUCUUCCACCGUGCAUCGUUCCGGGGGGCAAAGGAACUGUGGCGGUCGAAAUGUCACCGUACCUUGAUGGCGGCAUCAUUCCUGAAAACAUCACCGGCCAGGAAGAUGAUGACGAGAAGGAACUCUUGGUAGAUGCCGGAUACGAGUCUACAGCGUCCACCGAAGUUAGCUCAGAUUGCUCGGAUGCCCCGCUAGCCUCGAAUCACAUCCCACUAUCAACGACCUCUCUAAAGAUUCGAUGCAAGCGAAUAACUGGAGGUUGGUGGAAUGGGAACACCCCAUCCAAAAGCAUUCGAGUCUUUAACUAG